AUGGGACGUCUUCUUGGUCUAGAGCUUUGCAAUUUCAAAUCCUACAAAGGAACUGUCAGUAUAGGGUUUGGAGACUCGAAUUUCACAAGCAUCAUAGGACCCAAUGGAUCGGGAAAGUCCAAUCUGAUGGAUGCGAUUUCUUUCGUGCUGGGAGUCAAAAGCGUACAUCUGCGAUCCCAUAUGCUGGCCGACCUCAUAUAUCGUGGCAGUCUGGCUGGAGCUGAAGCUGAAACAUCAGCUGCGAUCGAGGAAUCGCCCAAUCAGCCGUCAAGUGCGUAUGUCAAGGCCUUCUACAGUCCUAGUAAUAAAGCGGACGACUAUGUGGAGCUUUGCCGAAUCAUUACCAGAGGCCAAGAUAGCGCCUACCAGAUCGAUGGCAAGACAAUAAGCUACAAGAAGUAUAGCGAUUUUCUCGAGAGCCAGAAUAUCCUCAUCAAGGCACACAAUUUUCUCGUGUUUCAGGGCGACGUCGAACAAGUGGCAUCUCAGAAGCCCCAGGAGCUCACAACACUGCUCGAACAGGUAUCGGGCUCUAUACAGUACAAGCAAGAAUAUGAUCAAUUGAGCGAAGAGCUUGAGAAUACAAGAUCUGCUACAUCAGAGCUCAUCCAGUCCCGGAAACGCGCUCAUGCAGGUCUCAAGAGCUUUAAAGAAGGAAUGAAUAGAGAUGAGGAGUAUCGCAAGUAUCUCAGAGAGCGCCAGGAGGCCCAACAGCGUCUUGUGGUCUGGCAACUAUUCCAUCUGGAAGCUCGGAAAGAAGCCCUAAGUCAAGAAUUAGAGGCUUCAAGAUCUGAGUUGAGCGAGAUUGAGUCUCGCUUAAGUCUAGAGGAGGAUCUCUUGAGGAAACAACAAGUCUCUUCUGCAAAAGCACAAAGCGUCAUUCUCAAACAGAGACUUCAACUCUCCACUAAAGUGAAGAAUAAAGAGUCUUUGACAUCAUCGUUGCUACCCAUACAAAGUUCGAAGGAAAAUGUUGUGAAACGAAUCCAAGUUGCCACAGAUAAAAUAGAGCUUCUACAAAAAGACGUCGAUAGGCAAGAAGCGUUAAUCAAGCAGUACUCUCACCAAUUGAAUGUGGUGAAUAAAGCCAAAGUUAGUGCUCGAGCAGAGAUGGAAGAAGCGGCUAAAACCAGCGGCGAUUACAAAUUAAGCGAGGAAGAAUUACAAACUUACGAAAAGCUCAAAGAGCUAUAUCUCAGCUCUGGUGGGUCGAAUUUUGAAGACAGGUUGCUUCUGGAAGCAAAUGAUAAGCAAGAGCUUGUUGAUGAGAUGGAACUUUACACUCAAAAGCUUGAUGAAUCGAUGGCGAAGGUCAACGAAGAGCUGGGACUUGAACAAUCGAGCUUAGGGUCGGAGGUCGAGCAACUCGGGAAAGAAGUGAAGGAAAACGCAGCACAGGUGUCGAGCUUAGUCAAGAAACUCAAGACCCUCCAAUCGAAAGCCGAAUCCAAUAGUAACAAAGAGUACGAAAUGAAUUACAAGUUGAAAGAAACGCUGGUCAAGCUCGAUGACAUGAAUGCGACGCAAAGGGAAACGACAAAGGAAAGAAAACUUAGAGAAAAUGUUUCGACGCUGAGGCGAUUGUUUCCUGGCGUCAAAGGUCUCGUCCAUGACUUAUGCCGCCCGAAAAAGGACAAAUACGCCGUUGCAGUUUCCACCGUGCUUGGAAUGAAUUUUGACUCGGUUGUUGUCGAGAGCUUAUCGGUUGCACAACAGUGUAUUUCAUUUUUAAAAAAGCAGCGCUCUGGCAUAAUCUCGUUUAUCCCCUUAGACACAAUUUCAGUGAACAAGAUUUCUAUGUUGUCUGCAGACGCUGAAGGUUCAAUGUUGGCAAUCGAUGCAAUUGACUAUGAACCGGAACUAGAGAAAGCGUUCCAAUUUGUUUGUUCAGACGCUAUAAUUUGCGAUACAUUGCCAAUUGCCAAAGAUCUCAGAUGGGAAAAAGGCGUGAAGUCCAAACUUGUCACUCUGGAAGGCUCCAUUGUACACAAGGCAGGUCUGAUGACUGGCGGUACGUUGAAAAACUCAGGAAAUAGAUGGGAUAAGGAAGAAUAUCAAAAUUUGAUGUCACUGAAAGACACCCUACUUCGCGAGAUUGCCGAGUUAUCCUCUUCCACUCGGUCCGACCUGGAAAAGAUCAGAGAGAUGGAAAAUGUUCUAUCGUUGAGGAGCACAGAUACCGCAGACUUGAAAACGAGAUAUUCUCAUACUCAAAGAUUAUUGAAAGAAAAGCAGGUUGAAAUCGACUACCAGAAAGAACUAGCAGAGCAGGAGUUCAAACCACAGAUCGAAAAGCUUCGGGGUAAGGUUGCAGAACAUGAAAGGAAAAUACGCGAAGUACAGGUUUUGAAGAAGGAGCUCCAGAAUUCCAUAUACGCCGAAUUUACGACGAAGGUUGGGUUCACUGUUGAAGAAUACGAAGCCCAUUCGGGUGAGUUGAUGCGCAAACAGUCUGAGGAUCUGAGGAAACUUGAGAUGCAGAUCGCCACUAUUGAGAAGAAAAUGGAGUUUGAAAACGACAGACUCAAGGCAACACAAGAACGCCAACAGAAAGCCCAGGUGGAUGUAGAGAAGGCUAAAAUGAAGCUUGAAGCAUUGGAAGCGAGUGAAAAUAACAUCACAACACAGAUCGCGGCCGAAGAUGCGGAAAUACAACAAGAGGAAAACCGCUUAGAGCAAUCACAGCUGGAGGUCAGCAAAUUAUCUUUAGGAUUGAACUCCCUGGAGGAGACAAUAACAGAGUUGACCGAUAAUUUACACAGCUGCAGAAGCCGUCAUGCUGGACACUCAGAAAAUCUAGAGAAAACGCUUUUGGAGAAGAUAAGCAUCCUAAAGAACUGUAAGAUGCUCAAUAUCGAGCUCCCCGAGGGCUCUUCUUCGCUUGACGAUAUUUCACUCAACAAAGUGGACGACGAAGCACUGCAAGCGGCUAAUGAUGUCGUCAUCGGAUUUUCCGGACUAAGCCGUAAGCUUCGUCAAAAUGACACCGAAGAGGCUGAAAAAGAGCUGAAGAAGAAUAUUUCCGAGUUAGAGGAGCUACUCGCCGUGCUGCAACCGAAUUCCAAAGCUGCUGGAAGGUACGAGGACGCCGAGAUUAAGUACAAACAAAUUUCCGCAGAAACCGAACGGAGCAAAGCGGCGGAAAAGGCUGUCAAUGACAAGUUCUCGGUGGUGCGUAAGCUGCGAAGGGACGCGUUCGAGAAAGCAUUCGAUCACAUCAGCGAAACGAUCGAGGGCGUUUAUCGCGAGCUGACACGUGAUCCAAAUUCUACUGCAGCACUUGCCGGUGGACAUGCGAGUUUAACGCUUGAAGACGAGGAUGAGCCGUAUCUGGCUGGAGUGCGAUACCAUGCGACACCACCUGCAAAGCGUUUCAAGGAUAUGGAGUAUCUUUCUGGAGGUGAGAAAACAAUUGCUGCACUUGCGCUGUUGUUUGCGAUCAAUUCAUUCCAACCCAGUCCGUUUUUCAUUCUAGACGAGGUCGAUGCCGCAUUGGACAUUUCCAACGUCGAGCGUAUUGCCACCUAUAUUCGCAGACAGGCACGUUCGGACCUUCAGUUCAUUGUUAUUUCCCUGAUCAACACCAUGUUCGAAAAGUCCCAGUCUUUGGUUGGAGUUUUCCGACAGCAGGCUCAAAACACGUCCAAGGCAUUGACGUUGAACCUGGAAAACUACGCCGACUGA